UUUCUCAUUUUGGCACUUAUUAGAAAACAUAAAAUAUCAAAAAUAUGCCUAAAUUUAGGAGUUCCUCCAAACACCACUCAUUGCGCCGCUCUCGCAUAACCAAGCCACGCCGAAAACAUGUACAUGUAAUUGAUCCAUGUGAAAUAUUUCGCGACAGGGGUAAUUUGUUAACCAUGAUACGGUUCUAUGCCGGCCAUGAGUGCCUUUGGAAUUGUCAGGACGAAGAUUACUAUAACGAAAGGAAAAAAAUGGAGCUUUGGUGCUGGUUAACACGCCAGUUCGGCGGCAGACUUUCCCCAUCUCACGUUGAAUACCAUAUGAAGUAUUUGCACGCGAAGGCUUUGCAGGUAUUCAAGCGGAUGGACAGAUGUCGACGGAUGGGUCUCCGGUACCGCAGACCGACCUUUGACCUUCUGGAUGAAUUCAAUUUCCUGCUGCAGGACCCAAUGCCUGAAGAAUCUUUAUCCAAUAUUACUGCACAAGAAGUACUCCAAAGUCAUGUGAACUUCUGCGGAUCAAAGGAAGCUUCAUAUAAGGAUGAGCUAAAUGAGUUCUGCAAAGAAUUAAAGAAGCAGCUUAAGCUUUUGCCUCAAAACACUUGUCGACUUGUACAAAGAAAAGUUCUUUUAUCUUGGAAAGUUUAAAAAGUGAAAUUCAAUUUUAUGAUUGUGAAUCCUCAGUCUAUUGGUUUCCUAAAUGAAGAAUUGGCGAGCGUAUACAGUUGAAUCACAUAGAGAUCUUUCAAGAAAUAGAAGGUAAUAUUCCAUUUGAGUCUAAAAUAUUCGUAUAUCGUUGCGAGGAAGUUCUUGCAAUUAAAAUACAGCGUGAUCUGAGAUACAUAAAUAAAAAAGCUGCAGGAGGACCCUCAAAAACCAAACCUUGUUGGGGAGUGUGCAAAACAUAUCGAUAGCACGAUAGAGUGUUGCAAAGAUGCGGCGUCGCUUUAGCACACUACUCAGGGGUAGAAUAGAGGGAGAAUGAAAAAAGUGACAUAAAUGGCGGAAACCUUCAGCGCCAACAUUCGUAUUUAAUUUGGACUAAUUUCGCACUAUUUUGCGUUGCUUAAGUAUUGAAUGCUGAGUGCAACCACACAACGAGUUACCAGAACGGAAAAAUUGUUUUCGAAGCGACCGCAGACCAUGUAUAAGCGCAAAUCGACGACUAUUGUUAAAAGAGACAGCAGCUCCGCAGCGGCGGGCUCCUCCACAAUGGUGAUGAUAAUGGGCGGCGGCGGCGGUGCCGGCAACGUGGACAUGGACGGACCCCAGACGCCCACCAAGGUGUACGAGCCCAUCGGCAUGGACACAUCCCAGGAUAUACACACGCCACUCAAGUCACCGCACUCGCAGCCCGGACAGCAGCGUUCCGUGGGCUCGCUGGUCUUGCUCACACAGAAAUUUGUGGAUCUCAUGAAGGCGAACGGUGGCACUAUAGAUCUGAAAGCCGCCACCAAAAUCCUGGAUGUGCAGAAGCGGCGUAUAUACGAUAUCACCAAUGUGCUGGAGGGCAUUGGCCUAAUUGAUAAAGGCAGACACUGCUCCCUAGUGCGCUGGCGGUAGCGGUGGGGCUUCAACAAUGCCAAGGACCAAGAGGAAUACGAGGAGGCGCGUGACCGGACCAAUCACUUGAAACUGCAAGAGGACGAGUUGGACAAACAAUUGGAGUACGCACAGCGAAAUCUGCGCUAUGUUAUGCAGGAUCCAGCGAAUCGCUCGUAUGCGUAUUUGACCCGAGACGAUCUACUGGACCUUUAUGGAGAUGAUUCCGUAUUUACUAUACCGAACUAUGACGAAGAAGUUGAGAUACAGCGAAAUCAGAACGAACUGAGCGUAUCGCUGGAUAAUGGCAGCACCAUCGACAUUCGGUUGGUAACCAACCAGGGCAAGAGCAUAGCGAGUCCGCACGAUGCGGACGGUUUCUUCGACUACCGACGCCUGGACACACCCUCACCCUCAAUGUCGUCACGCUCCAGCGAGGAUGGCAAGGGUACGGGGACCACGGGGAACGUGAUCACCGACGAGCACACGUACUCAUGCAAUCCCGACAUGAAGGAUGAUAUGAAACUGCUUGAGAACGAACUGACGGCAAAGAUAAUAUUUCAAAAUUACAUGACCGGGCAUUCGCUGCGACGGUUCUAUCCCGAUGACCCAAAUUUAGAAAACCCGCCUCUGGUGCAGCUAAACCCACCCCAAGAAGACUUCAACUUUGUGCUGAAAAGCGACGAAGGCAUCUGCGAGCUGUUUGACGUACAAUGCUCCUAACUGCACGGACGGGGGGACUUACACAUAAUAAUGACUGUACAAUUACACUGCAAAUGGCCGCGAGCAUUGUGCAAAUAUUUAUGAUUAGUACAAUUCUGACCUUUGAUUCGUUUAUAUACCGUGUAGAAAUUUUAAUUAGCUUAAUUCCAAUGUAAUUUCGUCAGAUUAACAUUUAAUCCAAUAAAUUCUUUGCAGUGCACCCAUUUAGCGGGUGUAUUUGCUUAUUAUACACCUUUUAUAACAUAAAA